CCGAAUUAGCCGCUGAUAUUGCGGGCCCCCCACUCACUCAAUGUUUGCGGGCCACUCGUCUUCUCCGAAAGCCACCACACCUGCUUGAAGUUACAAUGACGGCUGGUCGACCAUCUUCCCCCUCGCCACCGAGCGCUCAGAAUGGCCUCCUCCCUCCGCCUCUCUCCCGUUCUCCACCUCCACACCUCCUGGCAGCCGCGGCGCCUGCCUCCUCGGGGCCUCCGCGACAUCCGGUGCGAGGGGAGGAGCCCCAGCGACGGUGGCUCCCGGUCGGAGAACGCGGUGCUCAGGCUGGCCUGGUACGGCUCCGAGCUCCUCGGUAUCGCCGCCUCCUUGUUCCGUCCCUCCCCCUCGACGGCCCCAUCGGAGGAGUUGCGGGCCGAUGGAUUGGGGUUCGCGGCUGGCCGGGCGGAGGUGGCGGAAGCGAUUAAAGAGGACUUCGACCGUUCCUACUUCGUCACAGGGAACUUGACACUUGAAGCCUAUGAAGAUGACUGUGAAUUUGCUGAUCCGGCAGGUUCCUUCAGAGGCCUUCAACGUUUUAAACGAAAUUGUACAAAUUUUGGAUCACUGCUUGAAAAAUCUAGCAUGAAACUCACAAAGUGGGAGGACUUUGAGGAUAAGUCAAUUGGACACUGGCGUUUCAGUUGCAUCAUGUCAUUUCCUUGGAGGCCAAUUCUUUCUGCUACUGGCUAUACAGAAUACUAUUUCGAUGCUCAAUCAGGGAGAGUUUGCAGGCAUGUGGAGCAUUGGAAUGUUCCUAAAAUGGCACUUUUCAAGCAAAUAUUCAGACCAAGCCGUUGGGUAUGGGAGAAACGCUAAAAGCCCUCAGUGUGAAUCUCGACAAUUUAAGGAUUUACAUAAGGUUUUUGGUUGACCCUGAUUUGUUCACCAAUCAACUUGGAGUAUCCUUGCUGAUACUGUCUGUUAGUUUACCUUUGCUCAUUUAGCAGUUUAAGCUAUCAACCAAGUGAUGUACAUAAUGCAUGACAACAUAGAUCCACUAAAUAUAUGAGGAUAUUUUGUAUGUCUCAUACAUUUAAUGACCUUGUUGCCUGUAUGUGAUGACAGUCUUUGGAAAUGAAUACAUUUCAUGAAAACAAAACACCAAGGUAAACAUUCACAUUUGCAAUAAGUUAUAUGUCCAAAUGAAGGUAUUACAUCUUAUUGGUUUUAAACAUGCAUCCUGGUGUAGUUAUCUAAAUGUAUCCUAUUUAUGAAGCAUACACUGACAAUUUUUUAAAUAAAUACAGAUGUUAUUUUUGUGUCCUGAUGUAAUCCAAGAUAUUUAUGCCAUUUGACUGACAUUGUAAAAUGUGCUUGAUUGUUUUCAUAGUAACACAAUCUGAGUUAUGUGUUAUGUACACAUUGUACAUCAGCAGCAUUCUUUACUGAUGGUGAGCAUUUAGAAGUGUCAUCCAUGCAUAAUGUUGAAUGCUGUCAUGAAUUUUCAGCCUUCUGUUAUGAUAUUACUGCUUCAAGUUCCUCUAUGCUGAUUGCGAUUAUUUGGACCAUGGAAUUCUUUGUGCUUAAAAGUUUCAAACAUGUAUUAAUGGCUUCUUUACUUGAUUAUCGAUCAAAAGUCAGUAUCCAUCUAUAUGAGUUGUGUGUAUGUUAGCCUACAAUUGUGUCAGGUUUUCAGCUAAGUUUGGAGAUGUUUCUGUCGCUUGAUGUAAAAUGUGUCGCAAAAUAUUUGAGCCAGCCAUGACAUGUUGCCAUCAAUGAUCAAAGUGUUACUCUUCUAAUCCAAAACAGCAUCCGUAGACUGGUCAUCUUGAAUACAGAAAUCAGAUAUGAUCAUGUCUGUAAUGCUAUACUAUACUGUUUUGCAAUUGAAGUUGCUUCUGUGUUGAUUGAGAAGAUGCAAAUCUAUAGCCUUGCUCACCAUUUGCCUGAAUUCAGAAGUGUGAUCAGCUCAGAAUUCCUCUCGUUGAUGGUUGAUAUUUUGUUCCCAAUCACAAAGGAUGCAUGAUAACUUUUUCGCGAUCACCUUAUAUCUUUGUUCAUGUAGAAAAUUGGGACCUCUAGGAAAUUGCAUUUACUCAUAAACAAGAAGUUGUACAUGUACCAAAAAAGGUUGAAAAGAAAUCUUCAUACAAAGAAACUUAGCCAAUGUUGAUUCUAAACCUGGAUGAAAGGUAAAGUGUUGUAUUAGGCCAUUGUUAACCAGCAUAAAAGUAUGUUAGAUCUUAUGAAUAUGGAUUUUAACUGAUUUCAAGUUGGAAUAUUAUGGCUUUGGGCUUCGUAGUAGUCGUUAUUGUUACACCCAGGUAGAUACUUGGCACAUCUCUCAACUAAGUAGGGACAUUAUUGCUUUAUAGUUGUUGAUAUACAAAGGAAGAGACUUCGCUAUCACCUCUCUUAACUGUGAUACGGAAACACUUCGAUCUUGGUGUUGUCGCUGCUAAUAUACUGAGUGAUAAUCUUCUUCUUCCUCCUGCUUUAUGCUAUUUAAAGGGGAUUUCAUUGGAACAGAUCCAAUACUAGAAAUCUGUACUACCUUUUGAGGGAUUCCAAACACUUCUUGGUCUGGUGGGGAACAGAGCAAGCCAGCUAGAUUUCAUGUCUCUUUCUAAGAUUCUCCACAUCUUUGACUGAAAUAACAAGUUAGCAGUACUAACUGAGUCUAUGUUGACCCCUAAAACAGGAAAUUCCAGGGCUUGGAGCAUGAUGAUGCAUCACUAUUUCUUUCUUCUCUUUUUUUUACUGCUGUUCUUUAAUUUUAGUCAUUGUCUUUAUCUCCUUUGGAUUUGUUGCUUGACAGCAACAUUAAAUGGAUUCCCAUGAUUAGUUUCACUUAUCAAGGAUUUCAAGUACAGCAAAAGUUGUAUCUGAUGCACUUACCGUCAACCAUGAGCUCCAUGAAGAACAAUUCUGAGGAUGAAGGAGCUCCAAUGGAGGAGCAUCAAACACAGAAGGCUGAGUUUGCAGGUGGAGAAGCAUUUAGAGACAAAACAGGAUGCCGAUGCCUAUGUUCAAUACAUGGAUAUGCUGUUGAAGAGGGCACUUGAAAAUGGCCAGUACUCGAAGUAAGUGUAUAAUUUAACAUUUGUGAACAUGAGAUUUAUAUCAAGUGAAAUGUUUGUGACUGGAGACAGAUUCAAGUAAGCAUUGGCUAGUUUGACUGCCAAAAACUUGUUACUCUGAAUUAUGACCUUGUAGUAUUGACAAGAAGAAAGCUUUCUGUUUUGCA